CCGGGCGUGUAAAGCCCCCCGGGGCUUACGGGGAGCGAGGUCGCCGCACGCAGGCGACGAACGCGGAGUCGCAGUCGCGGGUCCGACGAGGCGCGACGCGGCGGCAUGGCGACCGAGAAGGAGAAGAACGGCGACGACGACGGCAGAUCGGCGCGUCGCUGGAGGCAGUACCUCGCCGCGGUCGUGGUUAACAUCGCGGGAUUUAUAUCGGGCACAGCCUAUGGGUGGACGGCGCCUAUUCUUCCAGUACUUCAAUCUGAAAACUCUCCAGUGGGAAUACCACCGAUCACAGAAGUCGAUGCAUCAUGGCUAGCGUCUAUAAUCAAUCUGACCCGCAUUGUGGCCACCCCUGCCUUCAUGUAUGUCAAUGAUCGUUAUGGUCGCAAGAUAACAGGCUACGCCAUCGCGGCUUUAAGCAUCCUUAGCUGGGCUAUGAUGCUGUAUGCCAACUCCGUUACCAUGAUAUUCUCUGCCAGGGUCAUCAUCGGGAUCUCGAGCGGAGGCAUCGUCCUCCUGGUGCCGGCGUUCACCAGCGACUUCGCCGAGGAUGACAUCAAAGGACGGCUGGCCGCCAUCUUCGGACUGUCGAUGAACCUGGGCGCGACCUUCUCCUACGCGGCGGGGAACUACGCGUCGUACCCGGUCUACCACGCGUCCUGCCUGCUGGUGCCGGUCCUGUUCGCCGCGUGCUUCUUCCGGCUGCCCGAGUCGCCCUUGUUCCUCAUGACCGCGGGCAGGACGAAGGAGGCCGAGGACUCGCUCCGGUGGUACAGGGCCGGCCAGGACUGCGACCUCGAGCUGGAGCGCGUGCGAGCGAGGGCGAGCGAGGCGCUGGACAAACGGAACAGAAAGGUGGCUCUGUCCGGCGUGUUCGACAAGCCCACACUGAGAGCGCUGCUGAUCACCAUGGGGCUCCUGACCAACAAGCAGCUGGGCGGCGCGACGGUGGUCACCACCUUCACCGUGUCCAUCUUCCAGCAGUCGGGCUCGGCCAUGUCCCCCGGACUGUCGACCGUGGCCAUCGGGCUGCUGCUGGUGUUCGGCACCCUGGCGUCCGCGCUGGUGGUGGAGCGGUUCGGCCGGAGGCCCCUGCUGCUGUACACAGACCUCUUCAUCGGCGCGUGCCUGGCGGCGCUGGGGACCUUCCUGUACCUGAAGGACGCCGGCCGGGUGUCGGGGUCCCUGGGGUGGAUCCCGCUGGCCUGCCUGUCGGGGUACAUCCUGGGGCUGUCUCUGGCCCUGGGGCCCAUGACCUUCACCGUCGCCACGGAGAUGGUGGCCGCCAGCGCCAAGGGCCCCGUGCAGACGGUCUGCAGCGUGUACGGCGCCCUGGUGGCCUUCGCGUCCGCCUUCAGCUACGCGCCGCUCGCGCGCGCCGCCGGUCAGCACGGCGCCUUCUGGCUCUUCUCCGCGGUGUGCCUCGUGGGUUCGGCGGGAGUCUUCCUCACCAUGCCCGAGACCAAGGGCAGGAGCGCAGAGGACGUGGUGGAGCAGCUCAGGGGCGACCGCUACGUCCGCUCCGUGCUGCGGGGUCCGCCGCGCAAGUCGACCAGCGAUGCACGCUCCGUUCCACACGUUCUUUGAGCAGUCCUUCCGAUGGGGGCUUUAUGACAUGUAGUCAGAGACCGGAAUAAUUCGCGGAUUCAUUUCGCGAUAGGCUAAAAUACAAAUAGUUAUAUCUCAGUGCUGCCUCUACUAUUGGCUCACAACUCACCUGGAUGACUCUGGGCCAAUGAUAAACACCCAACCAAAGCUGUAUCGAAUCACAGGCUGCUACGUUGCGACGUCUCACAGGACAGCAGCCAAUGAGUUGGUGACAUUUGACCGAGUGUACGUAGAACUAUGGAGUUCAUCCUACAGGUCAUUGAACCCGCGAAUUUUUCCGGUCCCUGCAUAUAGUUAGAGACUGGAAAAAUUCGCGAGUUCAAUGACCUCCAGGAUAGAUUACACGAUCCUCUGCCUACUUGGGCAAAUGGCGCCCGUUCAUUGGGUACUGAAUUUUGAGGCGUCUCAAGUGGGUAACUUGUGGUUGGAUACUUCUUUGAUUGAUCGUCUCUAAUUGGCCAAGAGUCCUACAUAUUAACAGUGGACCAAUGACAGAAGCAACACAACUGUAUAAUUAUUUGAAUUUUACCAUAACACGAAAUGAACCCGCGAAUUUUUCAGGUCUCUAUAUAUAGUGUAAACUAGCAAUGGCGUACGUCCAAAAAAAAAAACCCUGUUCCAUGUAAGGUGUCACUUUUUUGACAAGUGUUCCAGUGAGCAAUCAGACUUUAACCGCUGGAUUUUCUUAUGGCACUAACAAAAUAACUACCUAUACAUUAUUGCUAGUCGGAAUCUGCGUUUGUUUUGUUUUAUUAUUUCACGUUAUCCAGCUGAAAAAGUCUAAAUCUUCAGUGAAGUACGUUUAUAAAGGGCACAUACUCUCUGGAAUAGAGUGACACAAGAAAAUUUUGAUGGUCGACAGGAAAAAUCACUUAAGUAAAAAAUGUAUGUUACUUUUAUUUCCCUGCUACUCUUUUUGAACGUUUUCUACGAGAAAAUUAGACGUGACUGACUCAUAUGCUUAAUAUCAAUGUCUAUUCAGGCACUUAACUGACUUAUGAGAAAUAAACUAAACACAUACAUUUUUGACAUUUGGUGGUACUGAAAUGAAUAAAACCGUUUGUGUCACCUUUAGAAAGACGCGUUAUUAUUUUAGGAACAUUUGCAGAGUACAUAUAGAAUCACCUAAAUGGUUCGAGAGCUUUUAUCCUUUAUAUUUUUAAGUGUAUUAUGCAUUUGAGUUGCAUAAUUAGACAAUGAAGUGUAAAUUAAAUUGUUUUGUGUUCUUUGUAAUAAUAUGUAAAUAUUUAGUUAUAAUUUGUCAAUUUGUUUGAUUACGAUUACGUGUAAGAUUUUUGUUAUAAAUGAAACCUUUGCUCUUUAUUGUUUUUAUUUUUAAAAAUAUUAUUUAGUAUUUAUUUCGGAUCGUAUCCUAAAAUGAUCUCAAGGUUUAUGUUGUUUAAUCACUGUAAAUAAAACAUAAUACCAAAUAUCUAUUAACAAAAAUAUUAUCAGUAAUCAUGUAAAAACAUCAAACAAACAGUUCAUUAAAUUUUCCAACAAAAAUGUCAUGCAUAACAUAAUGAUAUUGAAAUACAAUUGUAGAAUUUUAUUUUUAGUUUACCUAUGCCAAUACAAGUUUAUUAAAGAUCACGUGUUAAUAAGUACGCGAAUUUAUUUAAAUUGUCGUGUUUAAAGGGGAAGGUUUAAGGAGAUUGAAAAUAAUUUGUAAUCAUAUUUAUUUAUAUCCUACAUAUCUGCAGUCUGCUGAUGGGCUUAGUGAUGUACAGUUCCAGGACGAGAUUUAUUAUUUGGUUUUGCACAUUUAAUGAGAAUUAAAAAUUCACUGUUAAUGGAUUUAUUUAUAGAAUAAAAAAUGUCAGACUCCUUUUGGGGUCAAAAUAAAAAAAGUCUUAUAAAAAUAUUAGAAUAUUGU